UCAGUAAACAAUGUCAUGGACUCACGAGGCUGCUUGCUCUGGUUAUCUGCUGUUUUCCUGAUUUACACUGUUGUCCUUCUGUGCUUCUUUCAAGACAUUAUCAUUGAACUGAAGCUGAAAACAUCGGCUUCUAUUUCAUUUACCAAUCAUGUGUCGGGUAAAAGUGAUGAGGUAGGAGAACUGGAGAAACAGUGGCAAGAGAAGCUUAUAGAGGACUUGUUCAGAGAAACUGUACUAGUUUCUGAAGACACUCCAGAUCAACAAGAGGGUCCUACUACUGAGUUUUAUAGAAAGCAUACUGUGACACCACAACUUCUAGAUGUAGAGGAUAACUUUGGUGAUCAAGAAUUGAGGGAGAGUGUUUUAAAGGAUAUGUCACCUGACGAAAAGGAAUCUUUGACUGGGAGAAAAGAAACACAGUCGCAAAAUAUAGCUAAUAUUAUCGAGGAGGCAGUUAUGCAAGAUCCAAUACUCAAAAUAGGUUCUGUCGAAAAUGAAUCUACGGAAAUUAAUGCUAUAAUUGAACCUGCUGGUAUUGAGCAGCAGAACAAUCAACUGAAUCAAAUAGCUGGAGGUAAGUUUGUAGAAGAUGUGGAGAAACAAAACCUCGAACUGGUAGUGGAAGCGGAUAAGCUAGCAAAAGAGCACGGAAAUGUGACAUUAGCAGCUGCUAAUGAACCCAAGAUGAAGCUUACUCUGAGACCAAAUGACACAGCAAAACUCCCAGCCACGCCUACAAUAUCAAGCCGGCCUAAUAACACAGCAAAACUCCCAGCCCCGCCUACAAUAUCAAGCCGGCCUAAAAUGGUGAUAGUUCUGACCCAGAGCCGACAUGGGUCCACUUGGUUGAUGGAUGUGUUGGGGUACGGGGACGAAGCUGUCCCUGUGUUUGAGCCGCUAAACAGCUCUAAAUUCCUCAAAAUGUACGCCAUAUUAAACCGAUUCAGAGAAGAGGCCCUCGCAGACGGCUACGACCCGGAAAUAUAUAAGGAUUGGAGAGAGGUCUACUUAGCGAGGAUCUGUUUAUGUGAUUGGCACGGGGUGUUAAUACCAGGGAAAAAAGAUAAACAUUUUGAAGGAAUCAGAGGUUUAAAAUACAAAGCCUCGCGAUUAAACAAAGAUCCUGAGUCCAAACCGACAGAGAUAAAAGCUAGAGAGAUGUGUUUUAAGAAAGAAUCGAUUAUGAUACCAAAAACCAUUCGGUACUACAACAUUUCAACUCUGUAUAAAAUCCAAGAUUUUGGUUGUGGAAAUUUCAAAGUCGUACAUCUUGUCAGAGAUCCUAGGGCUGUAAUGAACUCUCGCAUGUCAGUAUUCCAUGAGCUUUACGAUGGCAAUGCUCUCCUUGGGGCGCAGAAACCGUUUAAUGAAGGACAAACUUCCUUUGAAGAGUCUUACAUGACAGAAGCAGCUCAUUGGAUGUGUUCUCAUCAUCUUUACAACUACAAACUAGGCAUGAACCCUCCACCCUGGCUGAAAGGACGGUACAAAAUGGUCAGGUACGAGGAUUUAGCAGAAUCUCCAGAGUACUGGACAAUUGAUCUGCUUCAAUUCUUAGGGAUAAACUAUACUGGUCAAUACAAAGAGUAUGUUUAUAAUAUUACUCAUGUAAAGGAUAGAGGAGAGAGGGCUAACGGUGUUUACGGAGUUGAGAGACAGUCAAGUGAAAUUGUAGACAGAUGGAAGGAGAAACUUAUUGAACCUCAUUGGAGGACUAUUGAGAGAGUUUGUGCAGAAAUGAUGAGGACCUUUGAUUAUAAACCAACAUUUUUUGAAACAGAAGAUUGA